AUGGAGAGAGCGGUUCGAGGUGCCACCAAAUCAAAAAGCGCGGCCCCAAAAGAAAAAUACCUACAAGUGCUUCUGGCCGCGACGUCUGACGACGCUCUGGAGGAAAUUUUUACUACUUUGCAUUAUCGUGUGCGGGAACAUUCGUGGUCGAUAGUCUUCAAGAGUCUUAUAGUAAUACACAUUUUAAUAAGACAAGGAGCUGGGAAUAAAGCUUUGAGCUACUUGUUGAGCAAACCAACCACUAUGAACGUUUCAAAAUUCAGAGAUAAAUCUGGUUCACAUCAUGUUGAGCAGACUAAAAACAUUCAUGCAUAUGCCGCGUAUCUUGAAGAAAGGGUGGCGGCUUACCGUGAAUUAAAAUUGGAUUUCCUCAAAGAGCGUUCUCAAUCUGGCACAUCGGGUAGCCGUCUGAGAAGGCUCACUGUCGCCAAAGGACUUUUACGUGAAGUUAAAAUUCUACAGCGUCAAUUGGGUGCACUUUUGAAAUGCAAGGUUUUCUUGGAUGAAGUUGAUAAUGAGGUGACAUUGACAGCUUUUCGGUUACUUGUCAAGGAUUUAUUGGAGCUUUUUCAGGUGGUGAAUGAAGGAGUUAUAAAUGUUUUGGAACAAUAUGUUGAAAUGUCGCUAGUCGAUGCAAAAGAUGCAUUAGAAAUUUAUCGUACAUUUGUGAAACAAACAGAAUUAGUCGUGGACUACUUGAGCGUAGCAAGAAAAUUGCAAUCUGCGCUUGGGAUGUCUAUUCCUAAUCUCAAACAUGCUCCUGUAUCGAUGACAGUUUUUCUUGAAGAAUACAUAAAUGAUCCAGACUUUGAAAAAAAUCGACAAGAAUACAAAUUAUCAAAGAAUUCUGCCGAUACUAAAAAAGUAAAAGAUAAGACGGUGACUACUACUUCAUCACCAACUACCACCGCAACUGCCACUAGGAAAUCAGUUGAUUUGAACAAAUCUACAAAUGAAGUUGUCUCCUCAGAAAAUAUUACUAAUAGUAUGGCAAUUUUUGUACAAGAUACAAACCCAUUUAGAUCAUUGUAUUCGCAAUCCUCAACAACAAACAGCUCAACAUCAGCACCAAUUGGAACGAUUGGAACGUCAAUUUCGCCUCAACUUAACCAAACAAACCCAUUCACGGCCAUAACCACGACUAAUAACACAGCUACUACCAUUGAUAAUAAUCAAUUAUUCCCUUUAGGAGCCACCACCGAUAGUAAUCCAUUUAGACGAUUCACCAGAUCACUUAGUUUUAAUGCCCCACAACCUGCUAUUGCUACUUUCUCCGGUUCACCGUCGUCCUUUCCUGAUUCAAAUACAUCAAGUAUCGUCCCAUAUCAACCAUUCCAUGCAAAUACGAUGCCAUUUAGAACUCCAACUCAGCAUCGACAAUCUGCUGCGAAUAUUUUUAGUGCUGAAUAUUAA